AAUCCUCUCCCCGUCUUGCAUCUAAUUUCUCUCCAUAACGGGACCUCUCUCUCCUGUUUCCUCUCCCUUUCUGUCUGUCUCUUCUCUGAUCUUCCUUCCUUUAGUUUCUCUACUUCUGGAUCUGGAAAUCUGCAGGUACUGAGCUGUUCUUUUUCUUUUUCUUUACUUCCUCUCCUAAGGAGUCUGAGUGACGUUUAUUAGGAUUUCUUGAAGAUUUGGGGAUUGAAUUUCCAGUAGAUCGGUGAGAAAAAAAGAAGCGAAAUUUAGGGUUUUUGUUUGUUAUCCUGUACGUGAGACCCUGAUUUUGGGAUAUUGACCUGGAGUUCUUGGUCUGAUUUCUUUCUUUGGUGGCUGAGGUUGUUGAGGAAAGUUAGGGACUCUUAAUCUCUUUUCUCAGAUCUGUUAAAGGUCUGUUGGGAGUUAGGAAUUCGGGUAUUUGAAAGAAGUAGUUCUUGUGUUUGACUAUUGUUCCGAUUGGUUGAGGUUGUUUCUGAAACGAAAGAACGCUUUUUUUUUUUGUCUGAGGUUUGUAAACACCGAAGGGCAUUGCUAGGGUUUGUAUACGGAACUCACAGAUGUCUUCGGCUGGAUCUUCUUACUGGUGCUACAGAUGCAGUCGGUUUGUUAGGGUUUGGGGCCGAGAUCCCGUCGUCUGCCCAGAUUGUGAUGGAGGAUUUGUUGAAGAGGUCGAAAACUCUCCCCGGGUUUCACAUGCGGAGGAUCGACGCCGAAGAUUUCCUGCGGCUGCCAUGUACAUGCUCGGGAAUCGGCCCCCUUCUGAUCAGAACAGGCAUCUAGGUUCACGCCGUAGCCGAAGGAAUGGUGGUGACCGUUCACCUUUCAAUCCUGUUAUUGUACUCAGAGGGCCUGCUGAUGGCGGUGGCGCUGAAGGUGGUGUUGAUGGGGGUGGUGGUGGCGGCGGCGAGAGGGGAAGCUUUGAGCUGUACUACGAUGACGGUGCUGGUUCAGGCCUCCGCCCGCUGCCUGCUAGCAUGUCAGAUUUCUUGAUGGGAUCAGGCUUUGACCGCCUGCUGGAUCAACUGGCCCAGAUCGAGGUCAACGGGGUUGGCCGCUGCGAGCAUCCCCCGGCUUCCAAGGCUGCGGUUGAGUCCAUGCCCACAAUCGAGAUCGUUGCCAGCCAUGUCGUCACUGAAUCCCACUGUGCGGUCUGUAAGGAACCGUUUGAGCUUGGUUCAGAGGCCCGUGAGAUGCCAUGUAAGCACAUCUACCAUUCCGAUUGCAUUCUCCCUUGGCUUUCUCUACGGAAUUCUUGCCCCGUUUGCCGCCACGAAUUGCCUUCGGAUGUCCGUGGCAGAAACUCAGGCGCGUCCGAUGGAAGCCAGGAAGAGCAAUCUCCUGCUGUGGCGGACGAAGACACUGUGGGGUUGACCAUAUGGAGGCUCCCUGGUGGUGGAUUUGCAGUUGGGAGGUUUUCUGGGGGUAGACGUGCUGCUGAACGUGAGCUUCCCGUUGUUUAUACGGAAAUGGACGGCGGUUUCAACACUGGAGGGGCUCCAAGGAGGAUUUCAUGGACCUCCAGGGGAAGCAGAACGAGGGAGAGUGGGGGAUUGGGGCGGGUUUUCCGAAAUUUCUUCUCUUUCUUUGGGAGAUUUAGAUCUUCGUCUUCUCAUUCAAUCCCAGAAUCUGGGGCUACCCGCAGAAGUCAACCUAGUUCGGUUUUCAGUAGAACUUCGCGAAGGCGCAACAACAGCAGCGCUUGGACGGUGGAAGACAACGGUGGGAUUCCGAGAUGGUGAUUUGGUUGGACUUGAGUAUUGGGUGGGGAAAAGGCUGGAGGCCACUCAAGGAAAAGGUCCCCCUCCCACCCCCCGCCGCCCCUCCUUUUGUUUUUUUGCUUCUUCAGCUAACUGUGUUCUCUGACCAAUCCUUUGAUCAAAUUGUAGUUCUAGUAUCAUUGAGGAAGGAGAGAACUGUAGAAGGCAGCUCUUUUAUCACUGUACAUAUCAAAGAUUGAGAAAGAAGAGAAGAAUGUCCGGUAAUUAAGAAAAUUUGUUUAUUGAAGCAAUGUGGUGGAGGUGGGGAAGGAAAGAGGAGUAGGGAAUUAUGCUGUUUCCAGGUCCCGAAGCCAAAGAAGUGGCUUCAAUCUCACUGUUUUCGACUUCGUUGCCUUCUGUAUGAUUCUAUACAUAGCUAUAUUUUUUGUUUCUUUCCUGGAAGUCGUCAAUUUCUUCAGCUCAGUGUAUGUAUCUUCAGCUCAUCUAUGCAUAAUCCCUUUGGAAUUGUAUUCUUAUGAGGCAUUCUUGGAUGAAUUCAUGAACUUUGUUUCUCUGUUCA